CACCUCCUGUGUACUCCCAGCCUCAUCUCGUCAUUUCCCCGUCUUUCUCUUCCGUUGGUCUCUCGUCUCCCUCUUCACACCCGCCUCGCCUCCUCAGCUCCUCUUCUCUCUCUCUCUCUCUCUCUCCCGUCCCACCCUCUUCGCGUGGCCAAGAAAAGGGAACCAGCAGACACGGAAGGCGUGCGGAGUCGGAGAAGGAAGGGAGCUCUGGAUCGACCCGGCGUUUCGAUUCGCCUACCCAGGUGACGGCGCAGCCGGGAGGAGGCAGGCUCCGGAUCGGGAAGGUCGUGGCCCGGCGUUCGCGCUGAUGUACAGAUUGAUGAUUGUUUCUACGUAGACAUACUUCAAACCAGUAAUCCUCGCUCUGGCGACGUGAUCUUUGAUAACUGUUCCAAUAAGUGGAACAUAUAGGAAGCUUGUCGGUGGCCUUAGCCGGUAUAUACAGGCAAUUUGGCAGCAGGCUGAGUGUCGGAGUCUCCUGCUUCGCAGCUAGCUAGCGCAGAUGUCGUUCCGCAGCAUAGUUCGUGAUGUUAGGGAUGGUUUCGGUAGCUUGUCGAGACGAAGCUUUGAGGUGACCAUCUCUGGCCUCUCUGGUCUCACCGGGCAUCACAGGGGAAAGUCCCAAAGCACGGUGCAUGAGCUCCGUGACGCCGAUCUCAUAGUCCAGGAGAGCCGUUGGGCUUGCCUUCCUCCUGAACUGCUCCGCGACGUGAUCCGGAGGCUGGAGGCCAGCGAGAGCACCUGGCCGUCGCGGAAGCAUGUGGUGUCCUGUGCAGCAGUUUGUAGGGCCUGGAGGGAGAUGUGCAGGGAGAUUGUGAUUAGCCCAGAGUUUUGUGGAAAGCUUACCUUCCCAGUCUCUCUAAAGCAGCCUGGUCCUCGAGAUGGAAUGAUUCAAUGCUUUAUAAAGCGAGAUAAAUCGAAGUCUACUUACCAUCUCUACUUGUGCCUAAGCACUGCGGUACUUGUGGAGAAUGGUAAAUUCCUCUUAUCUGCUAAAAGGAACCGCAAGACAACCUGCACAGAGUAUGUUAUCUCAAUGGAUGCUGAUAACAUCUCAAGAUCAAGCAGCACCUAUAUUGGAAAGCUGAGGUCAAACUUCCUCGGCACAAAAUUUAUAGUAUAUGACACACAGCCCCCUCAUGAUGGGGCUGUAGUUCCUCCCGUUGGACGGAGUAGCCGGAGAUUUAACUCCAAGAAAGUCUCUCCAAAGGUGCCAUCUGGAAGUUACAACAUAGCUCAGGUCACUUACGAGUUAAAUGUUCUUGGCACUAGGGGCCCUAGGAGGAUGAAUUGCAUCAUGCAGUCCAUACCUGCCUCCUCUGUUGAGCCUGGUGGCAUAGUCCCGGGGCAGCCUGAACAGAUUUUGCCCCGAGCUUUAGAAGAGUCGUUUCGAAGCAUCACCUCCUUCUCCAAGUCAUCCAUUAUGGACCGGUCCAUGGAUUUCAGUAGUUCCCGUGAUUUCAGCAGUACCCACUUUUCGGACAUCGCUGGAGGCACAAUAAACAGUGAUGAAGAGGAACAAAAUAAGGAGAGGCCCCUAGUGCUCCGCAACAAGGUCCCGAGGUGGCAUGAGCAGUUGCAAUGCUGGUGCCUCAACUUCCGUGGCCGGGUAACAAUUGCCUCGGUGAAGAAUUUCCAGUUGAUCGCGGCGCCACUCCAGCCCCCAGCAGGGGCUCCAACUCCUUCUCAACCUGCUCCACCAGAGCAGGACAAAAUCAUUUUACAGUUCGGGAAGGUGUCAAAAGAUAUGUUCACGAUGGACUACCGCUAUCCGCUCUCAGCAUUCCAGGCUUUUGCAAUCUGCUUGAGUAGCUUCGACACGAAGUUGGCCUGUGAAUAGAUCGACAUGGAAAGUCGAUGGAAGCAUAACCUGAAGUGAAGGGAUGUGUGUUCCUUUAGGAUUCUAGAUCAUGGGUGCCUUGUGUUUCCAUCUUGUUGCUUGUAAUCUCUGCUCGUUUGUAGCUUGGAAUUGGUCUGUGAUCUUUCACCAGCUGGAACCAUGAUCUCUAGGCUCCUUUGUGGCUAUAAGUUCAUGGAUGUGCUUCCUCGUUUAACUUAGAGAUUUCUUUAACUUUAAGCCUAUGUUAAUGGUUGUUUUAAAGCUUUACAUGGGUACCUCUGUCUGGUAAAGAACAGAAAAAGGCCGUUCCUUCUGUUUUACAA